GAGCAUAUAUACUUUUAAAGUUUAUUCAGAGAGAGAGAGAGAGAGGGAGAUGGGGUCGUCGACGGUGGGGUUGGCGCCGGGGCUUUCUCGGAAGCUGAAGAAGGUGCUGGAGUGUCGGACGGACUCUCCGGAUCUGGUGUCGUCCCUGAAUACUCUGUCGACUUUCUACUCGGAGAACGCCCCUCGGUCUCGGCGCAACCUCAAGUCUUCCAUUGAGACCCGCGCCCUCCAAAUCAACCUCGAGUUCCUCCAGGCCUCCAAUGGCGCCCAGCAGGCCCUCGAUCGCGUUGAGGACGAGGUUAAUGCUCUCUCCGAUUGUUGCGACAGGAUUGCAAAGGCGUUGAACAGUUGCAGCGCCAGCACGGGAGACAUCAUCAGUACCACCGAGAGGCUCAAACAAGAACUUGAAAUUACUACUCAAAGACAAGAGAUCGUUUCAUGCUUCCUUCGUGAUUAUCAGCUCUCGAACGACGAGAUAAAUGCACUGAGAGAUGAAGAUCUCAAUGAAAACUUUUUCAAGGCACUUUCUCAUGUUCAAGAAAUUCAUGCCAACUGCAAGAUGCUGCUGAGGACACACCACCAGCGGGCAGGCUUGGAGCUCAUGGAUCUGAUGGCUGUAUACCAAGAAGGAGCCUAUGAGCGCUUGUGCAGGUGGGUUCAGGCAGAGUGUAGAAAAUUAGGUGACACUGAUAAUCCUGAAGUUGGUGAGCUUUUGAAAACAGCAGUUUGCUGCCUCAGGGAACGGCCCGUCCUUUUCAAGUACUGUGCAGAAGAGGUGGCAAAUAUGAGGCAUAAUGCAUUGUUUAGAAGGUUUAUAAGUGCCCUUACACGUGGAGGGCCUGGUGGACUGCCUCGGCCAAUUGAAGUACAUGCUCAUGAUCCCUUACGAUAUGUGGGGGACAUGCUUGGGUGGCUACAUCAGGCCUUAGCAUCUGAACGAGAACUUGUUCUUGUAUUACUGGAUCCAGAUGCUGUGGUAGAUACUGGAUCAACUGCAAACCGAUUUUUAAAGAGCCCAGCUGGUGAUUCUGGGAAGCUUGAGUCUGACUUGAUGUUUGUUCUAGAUAGAAUUUUUGAAGGAGUUUGUCGGCCGUUUAAAGUGAGAGUUGAACAAGUUUUACAGUCUCAACCUAGUCUUAUAAUUUCAUAUAAACUCAGCAAUACCCUGGAGUUCUACAGUUACACAAUAUCAGAUUUACUUGGGAGAGAAACAGCUCUCUGUAAUACACUUUGGGCGCUCAAGGAUGCAGCUCAGAAAACAUUUUUCGAUAUUCUGAAAACUCGAGGAGAAAAGCUUUUACGGUAUCCUUCCCUUGUUGCAGUUGAUCUUUCCCCUCCACCAGCAGUAAGAGAAGGAGUUUCCGUGCUUCUUGAAAUAAUUGAGACCCACAACAGCAUGAUGGUUCCUGCUUCAGGGAAUUUUGAUCCAGUGAUAUCUGCUUUACUUGAUCCUAUUAUUCAGUUGUGUGAGCAAGCAGCAGAGGCACACAAAUCCAAGGGGGGCAGUUACUCAUCAAGAAGAAGUAGAAUGAGCUCUGACUUAGGUCAAAUAAGUAAAUCAUCAGUUGAUGCUAUCUUGUCGAACAACAGCUCUUCUUCAUCUUCCCAGAAUAACGAAACUCCUUCCAAGAUCUUCCUAAUCAACUGCUUGUGUGCCAUCCAACAACCAUUAUGUGGACAUGAGGUUGCAGCUGAAUAUGUGAAGAACCUGGGGGUGAUGAUAGAUAAUCACUUGCAUGUGCUUGUGGAAAAAGAAGUUGAUGCCAUCUUAAGAAGAUGCGGCUUGUCACAAAAGAUGCAUCACUUCCACAGUUCACUCAACAAGGAGGCUGGCAAUGCGGUUAUUGGGGGCCCAUUAGCAGACUUAGAGGACACAUCUCCUUCCUUUCUUUCAGAGUGCUUGAAGACUUUCUUUGGGCUUAUUUUGGGAAGUGAGAGUUCUCUGCCAGAAUUUGAGCAGAUGCAGGUUCCUAAGCUACGCUCGGAAGCUUGUAUCCAGGUGGCUAGAUCAUUGGCUGAAGCUUAUGAGCUUAUAUACAAGGCAAUCAUGGAUCCUGAGAAUGGCUACCCAGACCCUAAGUCACUGGCGAGGCAUCCUCCAGAUCAGAUAAGAACCAUUUUAGGAAUAUGAAGCUCUAUAAACUCAUAAAUUUCCAUCUACUUCUUUAUUGUUUUCUUGUAGUUAUAAAAAUGCAUUUUGCAUCGUGUUAUUUUAGCUGUGGUUCAUACGGAACAACCCCUUUUUCGCAACAAACAAGUUAUAUUGCCCGUUUGACUAGUAUUACGUAGGCAGUUUAUAGAUGAGUUGUUUGCACAUAACGAAUAAAUUGGUCAUUUAUUUA